CUGGUCCUGUGGGAACAACAGGUGCGCACUUUCCCAAACAGCAAGUCCUACAUAACUGACUCACAGUAGUACAAGUCCAUAACAAACUUAGCCAUGAAGAUUCUAGCUGUUUUAGCUCUACUAGCCGUCGUCCUGCUAGUGGACGGCCAGACGGAACAGGUGUGCCAUACCCAGUCAGACUGCGGAGACUGGGAGUGCUGUGUAGCUGACGCGGAUAAACGGUCAGCCAAUCACAAACGGUUCAUUUUCUCACAUACUUCCGGGGUGUGUCGCCCCAAGCGGUACCAGGGCCUCACCUGUCACGUUUUCCUACAGAAGUUCGGCGAGAUUUACAACGACUACUGUCCCUGUGACGAAGGGCUCACGUGCGAGGGCACCACUAUUCUCCCUAACGGGCACCACACCAAUCCUAAAUGCAUCCCAUCGGAGGAGUCGCACAGCACCCCAGCACCGUGAAGACUUUCACUAAAAGUUAAUGAGAAAUCCGAGUAACUGUUUAACUAAUAAUACCAAUAAAUCCGUUCAGUCUGA